AGAUACAUUUAUGUGUUGAACCUUGGCAGAGUAAAAUGUAAUUCAUGGUUAAUAUACGAAUUUGUGUUCAGUACCUGUCAACUUUGUGUGAAUUAUAAUUUGAAAUUUAUAUGCAGAGCUCGACAUGAAUCAUGAUGUUCCUGCGGAGCAUAGUCGUGCCGUGCCAGAUGUACAGCACAGCAAAACAGGGCUUGACACCAAAAAUCACUUGCAUGUUGUAGAACAACCACACAGUAUGUUAUGGCAGUCAGGUAUUCAUCAUGGUGCAUCAGGGCUGGACAUGAACCACAUUGUUGCUGUGCAGCAUGGGUAUGCCAUACCAAUUGUGCAGCACAGCACAACAGGGCUUGACACCCACAAUCAGGUCCAUGUUGAACAACCACACACUAUGUCAUGGCAGCCUGGUGUUCAUCAUGGUGCAUCAGGGCUGGACAUGAACCAGUUUGUUGCUGUGCAGCAUGGUUAUGCCACACCAAAUGUGCAACACAGCACAACAGGUAGCACAUUAAUGGACCCAUUAUUCCCAAUGUAUCUCAUGCUGCUCUAA